CGCGGUACGCUCCCGGGCCCGGGCCGCUGGCGGAACUCGUUGGCUACGUUUUCUGAGCUGCGUGGUUCUUGCACAGGCUGGAGUUUUGUGUCUCGUCUCCCACUCGGAACCUUGGCGGAAAGGACCCAUUUGUUUAUUAUUUUCUUAAUCCAAAAUGGCAGCCUCCAGUCGCGCACAAGUGUUAGACCUGUACCGGGCGAUGCUGAGAGAGAGCAAACAUUUCAGCGCCUACAACUACAGAACAUACGCUGUCAGGAGGAUACGAGAUGCCUUCAGAGAAAACAAAAACAUCGAGGAUCCUGUCAGAAUCCAAGCCUUAGUGAGCAAAGCCAAGCGGGACCUGGAGAUGAUCCGGCGGCAGGUCCACAUUGGUCAACUGUAUUCAACAGACAAGCUGGUCAUCGAGAACCAAGAGAAGCCCAGGACCUAGAGAGCCCGGCGCCACCGCCAGCAGCAGCC